CCCCCGCGUCUGGUACGUCCGUUUUCACACACUGAGAGGGCUUGAGCACAAAGACUGAUGGCUAAGUCCCGCAGUACUGAUGGAGCGAUCCUUACACCUGUGUGCACGCUGCUUUGGAAGUUCAUCGCAAUUUCACUUUAUCUCGGAGCUUCGACCGCUGCAGUCCGAGUCGAUGGGGUGCGCAGAAAUUUGUCUGAAAUACGCUACCACUUCACUCCCUGCGGUGCAGUGGGAAGGCUAGGACCGACGUACGAUGAGUGCCUGCGGUACUACGCUUCCGUGAACUCACCUAUCGCCCGCGAUGGAGUCCUGAGCGACACAUACAGUUCCAGGUAUCCAGGCUCGCAGUCUUUUAGGCCUCCGAGAGUCACUGAAUGGAACUUGACCAUCGCUGGAGCUGCAGGAGGUCGCGGGUUAUGCAACAUUCUGCAAGGAACGGGGCUGGUUCUGAGCUUACCAAAAGUUGUCUUCGGUUCUCAAGAGGAUAUUAUUGUGUUGGCAGGGCAGAGAGGUUUAGGUCCGUGUGAUAUAGCAACACCCGAAGAUCUUGGUCACUCCCUCUGCGAAAUUUCACCUCAGAACAUCAGCAGUGCAUUGGAGUGUAGAGAUUCCUACUCUCACUGGUUGUUCUCUACCUUCGCUGGCGUAGCUUCUACACUUCGUUUCUUUAGUGGUGGGGCAGGAGGGGGUGGAUCGAGCUUUGUCGGGACGAGACGGUACUCUUCGUCCGAUCUCGUUGGAGAAAUCGUCGCAAUAGCUGGUGGCGGAGGUGGUACGUCACUGUUGAUUAGCUACAGAGUAGACGGUGAAUUUGAUUUAAGUACUCCGGAACUGUACCGGGAGUUUAUAGAUGCAAACCCACUACCCUAUGAUAAUUUCACAAGAGGUGUGUAUGGAAGAAGAGGGAGGGGGGUUGGUGUAGAUAUUAGAGAAGCUGGAGCCGGUGGAGGUUACUCUGAAUCUUUUGAGUUUCGCCAACCAAGCCCCUCGGACGGCAGGGGCCUAAACAUGUCUGAAAACUUUGGAGAAGGUGGUAGGCACUGCUUGGCCGGGGAUGUAACGAUCCCAGAGCGACUACAAAUGGCAACAGGCGGUUUUGGUGGUGGAGGGGGAGGAUGUUUAGAAGGUGGGGGAGGAGGGGGAUUUACGGGCGGUAAUGUGAUUAACGUGACUGAAGUCACCCCUGGAAGUGGAGGUUAUUCGCUUUCAAACUGGCCAAGAGCAAUACUUGACUGGCACGAGGGAGACGGCUAUGUGGACAUAGUGGAGGCAGACUGUGGGUGUGUCCACCGGUGUGAGGUGUAUGAGGAGGAAGACCAGUUCCAGUGUCUCUGUCCCAACGACACUCUACUGGCCCCUGACCUCAGCGAUUGCUUCUACAGAGUGGAGAGGAUAGUUUCCAAGCCAAAUGCCACGAUUGGUGACGAUGUCGAGAGAGAUUUCACCCUGCAAGCCGUCAGCUUUGGCAACAGUUCAUACAUCUUUGGUGUGGAGAUUGGCUGGUCCGUAGCAGUCCCUGGUGGCAAGAGACAGGCAGAAAUCACCGGUGACUUGUGUGUGCUGAUGUUCACUGGAGAGAACGACGAAAUUGUGCUGGUCACAGAGCCAAUAGUAAGAAAGUCUUUGAAUCUAAGUCGAAUCAUCAUCAACAACGGAAGUCUAACUACUACCAACUACACAUCUUUUCUUGACUCUUCAGUGCUUGUGACUGGUGCCAUUAUAGCCAGCACUGGUCCCUGCAUUAUCGAUGAUACCAUUGCUUUUAACAUCAGCACCAGAGACACAGAAAGCCAAGGUGGUGCAGACUUUGCAACGAUACUCUCAGACCUUUAUAAUGAGUCCAGCAAUGCCAACACUCUCCUGCGGCGGGUUCUAAAUCUCCCAGAAGAGGAUGAAGAGGAAACUGAGAGGCAAUAUACCGGUGUUUCUGGAGGUGUUAUUGCUGCUAUAGUCAUUGUUGCAGCCCUAGUGACUGUUGGAGUUAUCGUGGCUUUUACUGUGCCACUGGCACUAUGGAGGAAAAGACGUCGGCCUGAAAAGACUGACGUGGUGUAUCUAGCUGAAGAAAACGGACAAGAUACUCCAGUGGUGCUGGACUACGUGAGGUAUUCCUCGCAGAAGAGACCCAGCGAAGAUCUUCAAGCUAAUCUUGGAUACGAAACCUUGAACUUUGGGGUAACUAAUACACAUUGUGUCAUUUUCUCCAAGUACGUUAUUUUCUGUGGUAUGCGUAGGACAAUGAUGGUGUUUUGGAGGCGAUUGAGGAGAGAGAAAAGUUUGUGUCAAAGUAUGGAGUGAGUGCUACUGGUUUGGACUUCACCGAGUUCAACAGCAGUCGUGCAAACACUGGAAUGAGGAACUGGGAGUAUCCAAGAUCAAAGCUCAUCUUCAUGAGGGACUUGGGAGAAGGGCAGUUCGGGAAAGUCAUGCUCAUGAAGGCCAUGAGCAUUGCGGGCUAUUCUGGUGACCUCCCAGUGGCAGUCAAAACACUGUCCAGCAGAGAUCCCAGCGUCAUCCAGAAAUUCACGGAUGAAACUGAUCUCAUGAAGAAGUUCACUCAUCCUAACAUUGUCAGCCUUCUUGGUGUGUGUAACAUGAGUGUCACGGACGACAGUGCACCUCUCAUGAUUCUGGAGUACAUGCCCUACGGAGACCUGAAAUGCUUUCUGCAGGAUCACAGACCUACAAAAGAAGACCCAGCGUCACCGAUAUCUGAAAGUCACUUCUAUUCAUUUGCCUUGGACGUAUGUCUUGAGAGUUAUAGCUAGCAUAUAUUAUGUUGGUUAUUGCUUAUUUGCUCUGCCCACAGGUCGUAAAGGCCUUGGAGUUUCUUUCGUCGUACAAGUACGUGCACAGAGAUAUGGCAGCAAGAAAUUGUCUUGUUGGAGCAAAUCUGCUCAUCAAGAUUGCAGACUUUGGCCUGGCACGCGGUGUCUAUGACAAGGACUACUACAGAGUAGCUGGGGCAGCAUUUCUACCAGUUCGUUGGAUGGCCCCAGAAUGCCUAAUGUAUGGCGUCUUCUCCACUGCCUCCGAUGUGUGGGCAUAUGGUGUGUUGCUAUGGGAGAUAACAAGCUAUGGGGCGACCCCUCUUAAUGACUAUGACGCACAGGGGGUGGUGGAAAUGGCACAGAACGGCUCCCUCAGACACUCUCAGCCUGUGUCUUGUCCAGAUGAACUGUACAACAUUAUGUGCCAGUGCCACAUUCUGAAUCAAGAAGACAGACCAUCAUUCACUGACCUACGCUCCCUCCUCGAAUCUCACAAUGCUACAUCUCAAAGCUGAACAUAUAGUGUACACUAUAUACAAUCAGCUACCUCCACUCUUUGUAGAGCUUUCAAUAUCAUAGAACAUAGCGUUGAUAUAAAAACAAGGUGGUUCUGAUUUUGACAAACAGCCUAUACACGUAAACUUGCCAUUUCUGCCGUUGGAGCUCGGCGUAUAUAGUAUGGCAAAAACUACAUUUUAUGUCAAUAGUUGGUGGUUCUCCUAGCUGGGUAGCUGGGAGAGGAUGGAGGUGAAAGAAGGUCUUUGGUCUGGGUCGUAGUGGUGGCACUGGGUGAUCAGAGAUGACAGCACUGGAGGUGCCUCUGCAGGUGGAUUGUGUAGGAGGGUCUGAUUGUGUGCAGCCUGCAGCAUGUCUUCAGUGGACAUUCCCAUCAGCGGCACUUCGCCGUAUGUAGCUAUCUCCCACAGCAGAACUCCGUAAGACCAGAUGUCACUGGCAGUAGUGAAAACUCCGUAGAGCAAGCUCUCGGGGGACAUGGCUCUGAUGGGAAGGAUCUGAGUUCCUGCCACUCGGUAGUAGUCCUUGUCGUGGACACCUCGGGCCAGCCCAAAGUCAGCUAUCUUUACCACCAGGUUGGUGCCAACUGCACACAGCAUAGUAACACAAGACUACUUGAUUUUCUAUAGGCUAGCUAGUAAGGUGUAGGCUAGUAAGGUGUAGGCUAGUAAGGUGUAGGCUAGUAAGGUGUAGGCUAGUAA